AUGAGGUCGCUUGCUAGCCUGUCGUUGAUUCUGCCUGUAGUAGCAGGUCAAGCAGCACUUUAUGGUCAGUGCGGCGGGACUGGAUGGACUGGAGCCACGACCUGUGUCUCAGGGGCUUGCUGCACUUACUCCAAUGCAUGGUACUCUCAAUGUCUGCCAUGCAGCACAACCUUGACGACUACAAAGUCGUCAACGUCGACUACUUCGACGGUCCACCCGACUUCAACGGCGACGUCCACGUCCACCUGUAGCCUUCCCUCAGUCUAUAAGUGGACAUCUACCGGCCCUCUGGCAAACCCUGCGUCGGGUCUCGUCUCUCUCAAGGAUUUCACUGCCGUGCCAUACAACGGCCAGCACCUUGUGUAUGCGUCCGAUGUCAACACCGCGGGCAGCUACGGCUCGUUAGGCUUUGGUCUGUUCUCAGAUUGGAAUGCCAUGUCCUCCGCCAGCCAGAACGUCAUGAGCCACGGUGCUGUUGCCCCGCAAGUAUUCUACUUCGCGCCCAAGAACAUCUGGGUCAUGGCCUAUGAAUGGGGUCCCAGCCCGUUCAUGUACAUGACAUCCAGUGACCCGACAAACGCGAAUGGAUGGUCCUCUGCCCAGUCGCUCUUCAGCGGCUCUCUCUCAGGAGGAGCCAGCCCUAUCGACCAGGCGCUCAUCGCAGAUGACACCACAAUGUAUCUCUUCUUCGCGGGAGACAAUGGCAACAUCUACCGGUCCUCUAUGCCGAUCGGCAACUUCCCAUCGAACUUUGGCACAUCCUACACCACGAUCCUAAGCGACUCAACAUACAAUCUCUUCGAAGCUGUGCAGGUCUAUCGCGUGCAAGGACAGAACCUGUACCUGAUGAUUGUGGAGUGCAUUGGCGCAAACGGCAGAUUCUUCCGCUCCUUCACGGCUACCAAUCUCGGCGGCUCGUGGACGCCGCAGGCCACGAGCGAGUCUGCUCCGUUCGCCGGCAAGGCUAACAGUGGCGCUACUUGGACCAAUGAUAUCAGCAGUGGUGAUCUUAUUCGCAGCAGCGCUGAUCAAACGAUGCCCGUUGAUCCGUGCAACUUGCAGUUGAUUUAUCAAGGACGGGAUCCUAGCUCGACGGCCGCUUAUAACCUCCUGCCAUACCGUCCCGGUCUUUUGACCCUGGUUCGCUAG